AUGAACAUACCACCAAAGCUGAGGCAUUUUCUGCAGUUGUUACACAGAAAAACAAACAAUGACUUCCAAUGCACACCCUAUAUCAAAGAGAUAAGAAAAUUACAGAAAGAGGGUUUCUACCGAGUUGACCUGGGUGAAACAAAAAUUCCUGAAGGCCUCAUUACCGGGGAUAUUUCCUUAUUGGACGACUCUCUAAGAAGCAGGCCUGUUUGGAGCAUUGUACAUGCAGGUGGCGCCAGAGGAUGGGUUCCCUGGAAUUACAAGAUGUUUUUUCAUUGGGACGAGUCAAACUGCAAGCCAUCUGGAGACAGUUUUAACGAACUGUGUUCCAACCUGCGAGACACAUAUGGAAAAUGUGCCAUCGUGACCAACACACAAAGCUUGAUAACAGCUGAUCCCAAUCGCUCUGGUGUCUCAAGUUCUGCCUGUCUCUCAUCACCCAUUGAGCUUCUGUCCACAAGUUGCUGUCCAAAAGUGGCUCAAACAUAUGGCCAUGAACUUCUGCAGCUUCCAUCCCACUGUGGUCAUCUGAGCCCUCUGACUAGUGUGUGGUGGUCUGUCAAGUGGUUCAUAUACAACAACAGAGAGAAGUAUUGUGAGGAAGUCUAUGACAGAAGCACUCUGCAUAAAUAUAUCUUCUACAUAGAACUGAUUGAAGAUUCCCUUAAAGAUGUGACAAGAAAGAAAUGGAGAGAAGCGGCAUCCAGGGUAAAGAAGACUGAAGACUACUACGUGAGAAAACAUCUGUAA